AUGGAAGAUACUUUUGAUGAUCAAACCAAAGAGAAAAAACACAAUGCUGCUAACUCAUCUGGAAAUAAUGAUAACAAACCUCGAAUCAGACCAAAAUGCCAAUUCUGCCAAAGCUUUGGCCAUACACAAGAAGUAUGUCGGAAAUUUGCUGCUAGCCAAUCGAGUAGUCAACAAAAUAACCUCCCAAGAGGCAACGUUUCCCAGAAUGCAACCUCAGCUACUGGAAUAUCUUGUUAUUGCUGUGGAGCUCCUAGAUAUAUAAGAUCCCAGUGUCCAACUUGUAAGCAUAAACCACCUGCCUCCAAUUCGAAUACAACCCAUACUUCAAGCUUUGACAUUCUUCAUACAGAUAUUUGUACCGUCUCAGUAAUGUCUAGACCAUUGCUUGAAGUCAGUGUUGCCGGAAAGCAUUCGCUUGUUUAUGUCGAUUCAGGCGCCAAGAAUAAAAUCGCAGGACAUUUCUUGUUUAAGCAUUUAUGUGAAUUGAAUUUACACUAUCUAGAGACAUAG